AUGGAAUCUCAAGGAGACGAGGCUCUGGAGGCAGCGUCACCUCAGCGUCAAGUGACCCUGCUGCUUCAUCUGGCGCGCACAAGAAGAAUCCAAGGCGACUGGGAGGCCGCACACCGUCUCCAUCGGCUCGCGCUAGCAGUGCUAAACGACGCAAGCCCUCGCUAUUCUAUUCCUCGUGUCCGCUUUGAUAUCGAGGAGGUAACAGAGGACACGUGCCUCUUCUUCCAUCUCCGCUAUCUAUGGCCGAUGGCCGAGCGCGCUGAGUAG